AUGGCAAAACAUGACGAUAGUUCAUCUUCUAUUCGAAUUACUCACUAUUCAGCACCUCAUCCACUCAUUCCACUUCGAUAUAUUGAACCAUGGCGUCGUGAUAUAGCCAAUCGUGAAUUAAUCAUUAAUAAUGCUCAUCAAGAAAAUAUUCCACAUUAUGAACAUGAUGAUGCACUUUAUUUUAAUAAACGUGAACAAAUGUGUUAUAAUGUUGAACCUCGUGAACGUGUUGACCAAAAAUACAAUCUUCCAUCACGAUCUGAUCAACUUCAACCACGAUUUUAUGAAAUAUAUGACCGUCAUCGUUCAUCAUUAUUAAGUCGUUAUGAUCCAAAAGAUCGAUUAAAAAAAUCUUAA